UAAGGCAGAGAGGUUGUGUUGUGAUAUCAUGACAUGUUUUAUCAGUCGUUGCCCCUGAUCACAUUCUGCAGGUGUUGGGAUAACCAGUCACAAAACCCCAAUUUACCAAAAUGUUACCUGCUAACCCUCUAUUCUCAUUCUUUUUCUGUAUAGAUAGAUCAUAUCCAAAGCACUGAACUGUAAGUUGCCUAUCAUUUUUAUUUUCUAAGAAAGCUUAUGGGACCAGCCUUAGGCUCAGAGGCAUUCUUAGAAUUAAAGAUGAUGCUGAAGAGUUCCCCAUUUUAAUUAAAAGAAUGUUUUCAAGAUGUACAAAAUUAGAUGGGUCAGGAGAUCUGACAGAUAUCAAGGGAAAUAUCUAGAAGCACACUGAUAUUUCUGUGCAGUGGGCACAUUACAAAUUAAAACUUAUUUUCAGUCAAGUGUGCGAAUUAUGUCCAUUAUAAAACUUAGUUAAUAGAACAUAAGACUUCAAUGCUCAGGAGGGAGCAUAUGAUGUGGGAUACUUACAGUUGUUGGAAAGGUUGUGUGAUAUUGCGGCCAUAUUUCCAAGCCAGCCAAAAAGGCAGCUUUAUUUUUGAGAAAUUCUGUAAGCAACCAUUUCAAUAAGGAUUACAGGCCAGCCUGGGUUAAUAAUUAAUGUCCUUCCAGAAAUGAUCAGCCAAAUGAACUCAGGAACAUUCCUCUUUUUUUCCCAUUAUCCUGCAGCUAUCUGAACACAACUUAAACCAGGUGAGUCACCUCAACAUAGAAGGGGAGCUGGGGAUAUUAAACAAGAAGAGGAGUAAAAGCUAUAUUAAGAUAGAAUAUUUAACAAAGUAAAUCUACAACUUUCUGUGACUAUUUGGCUCACAGCAGGCCAAAUGUUUGGAGGCCAAAGGAAGAGGCGGAUUGGAAUUGUGGGCUAUGGACAUCUAGGCCAGUAUCUGACAAAACGAAUCCAAGAUGAAGGGUUCCAACAUGGUUUGGAGCUGGCUUUUGUUUGGAACCGGGAUGCCAGCAAGAUGGAGGACACUGUACCAGUGGAGCUGAGGUUGGGGAAGUUGACAGAUUUUUUACAAUGCCAUGCUGAUGUCAUUGUUGAAGUGGCACAUCCCUGUAUUGCCCAAGAUUAUGGGGAAUUCUUCCUUAAAGCUGCAGAUUUUAUGGUGGGAUCACCAACAGCCCUAGCAGAUGUGAACACUGAGCUUAGAUUACGUGAAGUGGCAAAAAAGACUGGACACACACUCUACAUCCCCAGUGGGGCUUUAUGGGGUGGCCAAGACAUUCAAAGAUUGGAUGAUGCAGGGAUGCUCCAGGCAUUAACAGUCACUAUGACUAAACACCCGGACAGCUUCCGGUUGAGUGGGUCUCUUGGGGAGCUUGCAAAGGGAGACCAGGAGGAAAGCAUGGUGCUGUACAACGGCCCUGUGCGGGGUCUGUGUUCCUUGGCCCCCAACAAUGUCAACACAAUGGCAGCAGCUUGCAUUGCCGCCCCAAGUCUGGGCUUCGAUGGUGUAAAAGGUUGCCUGGUGGCAGAUCCUAAUGUCCCUGACUAUCAUGUGGUGAUGAUUGAAGCAACAGGGCCAGGGGGCUUCUCAGUCAGCACCAGUCGCAAGAACCCAGCUGCUUAUGGGGCUGUUACCGGGUCAGCCACCUUUGCUGCUUUCUGGAGCAGCCUAUUGGUAUGCCAAGGACAUGGAGGCCGAGUCUACCUGUGCUGAGGUUUAUGAAAUUUCUUCCUAAGAAGAUAAAUAGAAGAUACCUGAAAGGUAGUUCAAUGGGAUGGGAAAACCAAGAAAGGUAGCAGCGCCUUCUUAAAGGAAGCAGAAGAAACCCACUCACACAUCUUGGAUGGUUUCAGUUUGUCAAUCAAAUAAAUCAACUUUCUCCAGUCAGAACACCUUGCAAAUGUGCAGAUUCCCCUAACCAGCUGAAAAUUUUGAGAGUGGAGGUCCACACAUCUGAAACAACACCGAAACUGAGGGAAGCUGGUAAAAUAACUGGAUCAGUCACUAUCUUUCAACCCAAACCACCUCACAGGUUUGUUGUUGCAGGGAAAAUAGGAGAAGAAAGUAGUAUUGUGUGUGUCUGGUACCUUGAGUUAUUUAUAAAAAUAAUAAAUAUGACAUGGGGAUAAACUGAUUCAAAUGAGACAAAGUUCAGUUGCUGGAAUUCUUGUAAUCCCAUUUCGUUCUUCUCAAUAAAUCUUGUUAAAGAGGCACGGUGACAAUUGUGCUUAGGAAUAUUGUUUUUGCUUUUAGCUGGAUGCUUAAAGAUCUGACAGUAUAUUAUUUGAGAGCAGGUUGCAUUACUGUAUGCUUAUCAAAAGGAUGUCUCAAGGGAGCUGUUCCAGAAAUCCUGAGCAUUUUAGAACAGAGCAGAGCUACAAGCUCUGAAAUCCAAGGAGGGCCCCCAUGUGGCCUUCCAAAGCCAUGCCUCCCAAAGUUGUUACCAAAUUGUCAUAUUUAAUAUAAUAGGUGGAAGAAAUAAUAAAACUCAUGAUCAACAGAUAAUCUAAUUAAUUAUAUUUGAGUUUAGUUUACAAUAUAAUUGUAUUCAUUAGUAUAUACCGAAGCACUUCCGUGGUGAAAGGAUCUCCCAGUAACAUCACUGUUGCCUGGGGGGACAACCAGUAGGGAGCUCUUUUCAUGUCCCUGUUAAUGAGACCACCGAAGUGGUAAUAUUUACUCAUGUUGUUACACACUUUUGAACUGCUAGGUGGGCAGGAGUGAAUGAUGGGAGCUUUUCCGGUCACACAAUAUCACUUGGGCUUUGAAUGCGAGUUGCAAAUUGUCAAUCUAGCUUUGCAACCACAUGAACCAGCACUCUCCUUAUUUAUUAGUGUAGAAAGUUAAUUCAAAUGUAGUUCUUAUCCUGACCCUAUCCACUACUUUGGGAUGCAUACCACUGAUAAGUCCAAAUGCAGCUCUCAGAUUUAAGAAACAACAUCUUGGUUAGAGACAGGUGGAAAAUGGCUCUUGUACAUAGCACUUGUGAUACUUAACUGCAACAUUGGAAAGACGGCCAGUCUCCUGCUAAAUGCAUGAUGCCAGUUAAGAGAAGCACAAAAGUUUAUUUAGUGAUUAAGGCAUCAGAAAUGAGAUUUAGGCCUGGCUGAGUGACUUUGUGCCAGUCCCCCUGUCUCAGCUCACCUCACCUCACCGGGUUGUUGUUGUGGGGACAAUAGGAGAAUGAAAGAUUACUAGAUAUGUUUGCCAUCUUGAGUCAUUUAUUAAAAAAAACAAAGGCAGAAAAAAUAUUUUUGAAAAAUCUAUUUUCCCAAAUAUUUAUAUCCUUACACAGCAAGAUUCCUUAAUAUUCUUUUCUCAACUUUUCCAGUUAAAUGGAACAGAAUCAUUAAUUAUUAAAUUCCAUUUGAUUCUGUUUUUUUAACUUGACAUAAUUAGCAUUUAACUUGAAGCUGUUAUUCAGCUGAAGAAUUCUUAUAAGAAAAUCUCCCAUUAUGAGCUUCUUUGUUCCAUCAAUAUUAGGUGUGACUUGAAAUAUAUAGGACUUAAUUAGUACCCAACUUAAGUAACUUCACAGUCUUUAGUGUUAUUAAGUCAAACUGAAGAUCCUAAUAGGUAAAUUUUGGAGAGCUUUAGAUCUCCUAAAUUAGCUAUUACAUAGAGAUAAUGAUCAUUUACUGUUGUUAGUCAGAAUACACUGCUUCAUGAAGGAAUUAGAACGCUUUGCUGACUGUUAAAUUAUGAGACAUCCCACUUAUUUCAAACAUCAAAGGAGAAUAGCUAGAGCAGGGGUCCCCAACCCCCGGGCCGUGGACUGGCACCGGGCCAUGGCUUACCAGCAACUGGGCCAUGCAAAAAAGUGGAGCCCCAUCCAUUGGAUGCAGGCAGCACACGAAACCACACUCCCUCUGGCCCACGGAAAAAUCUUUCUCCAUAGAACCGAUCCCUGGUGCCCAAAAGGUUGGAGGCCUCUGAGCUAGAGGAUGUCUGAAAACAUUGUUCAGUGCUACCCAAUAUCCUUGAGUCUGUCUGUCUGUUUGUCUAUCUAUCUCAACAAUGUUACUUCAUGUUACAAAGCAUGCUCCCCCAAUUUAGCGUCUAUCAACUAUGCUGAGGUUGCAAAUUCCAAAAUUCAAAAUGUGAACAUCUUAGCAGGUGCUAUUACUCAGCUGACUUGACUAGGCUCAGAAAUUGAGGCUGGACUGGAAGCCGAAAAGCAUCCCAGAAAUCAGUGGGAAUAAAAUACUACCAUGAUGUUACCAAGAAAAUGCACUGGCCAUAUCCAGAUCUCUGUAGGUCUCUAAAGGGAUAUUUAGGUACAGUGUUUAUGGAAACUGUUGUAAAUAGUGGGUACCUUUUCAGCAUCAGAGGACAUUUUUAUCUAUUUAGGAAAACUUGUAAAGAAUGGAUGCCUUUUCAGAUUUUACAGAACUGAAUGAAAUUAAGACAAAGGUAGCAACUCUUUUGGACAGAUGUGUGUAGUUAGAAUUUUGUCAGCAUGUAAUAAAUACACACAAAAUGGCUGAUGGAAGCUCAGUUAUUCAUAAAAUGGUUGCCAUAAUGGCAUAAAAACUAUUAGUAGUACUCGCAGAAACUUCAUCUUGUUUCUCUGGAUGUUCUCUGCCUCCACAAUAAGAAGUAGACACAUUUCCAAGCAAAGCACUGGACUGAAAUUAUACCAUUUUUUUAUUUUGUGAGAAUGUUUGCUGAUGCCAGAGGCAUUCUUAUAAAUAAAGGUGAUUGUAAAACCUGGCAUUUAGCAGCAUUUUCUUUUUCUAUUCAUUUGUUGUUCUUUUUAAAAUUAGAUUAAAUGAUAAGGUCAGGUUGAGCAAGAAGCUAUGCAGACUAUAUGUCCUUGAACAUAUCUGUACUCAUAGCACACUGCUUAUUCCUAGAUUAAGAACUAUUGCCUUUUUUUCUUACCAGAGCUGAAAUCCAAAUAUAACAUAUCAUAAAGAUUACAAUGGUAGUUUCCUAUACAUCUAGAACAGUGGUUCUCAACCUGUGGGUCGGAACCCCAUUUGGGGUCGAACGACCAUUUCACGGGGGUU